AUGGUCAACAGCCUUUGGUUCAAGUGGAAGAGCCUUCGCUUUCCAUGGCGCAAGAUGUUUAUUGUCGGCGAGGACCUCGCCGGAAACACCUUUUGGGUGUUCAAGGACGCAGUAAAUGCCAACCGGCUGCGACGGAUUGUAAAAUUCGACCCCAGAACACACUAUGAUGAAGUCAAAGUUUCACCACAAUGGCACCAAUGGCUCCGACAUGUUCGCGAACACCCGCCGACCAUCGAGGAACAGCGACAAGACCUCAUACGCCAGGCCAAAAUGAAAAACCUCGCCCGACUCGCUGACGAACGCUGGGCCAGCAAGCCCUCUUUCCUGGACAAGCCCCAGACAGAAUAUAAACAACCUACACCGCAAACCAGCCAGCCCACCUCAAGUCCAACACCGGGCGAUGCUCCGACACAAAAAGCUCCGGCACCCGCAGAGCCAACGACAACGCCACAGCCAGAACCCACUGCCACUCCUGCUCCCGCUGAGACGAAGACCAAGAAACCCGAGAAUCCAUGGGAUAAGGCCGUGAACCCCGGCGAUGGCUGGCAACCUGAAUCCUGGACACCAACAUCCCAGCGGUGA